AUGGCAAUGAAGGAUAUGUCAAAUGAGCUCGACAAGCUCGAGACUCACAUCGACUCUCUCGAGGAUGCUCUUAAGCCCCUAGUCUCCGACCUGCCUCAAAUGUCCAGCGAGCUGCCCCUUCUCGACAAAGCGAAAAUGUUCGCCCUUACCGCCUACGCCAUCGAGUCCCUCCUCUUCUCUUCCCUCCGCCUUCAAGGCGUCGACGCCAAGGAUCACAAUGUCAUGACGGAACUGAAGCGGGUGCAGCAGUACUUUGGCAAGAUCAAGCAGGUUGAGGAAGCACAGAACCCCGCCCAGCGGACUAUGACUGUCAACACGGAAGCAGCGACGAGAAUCCUCAAGGCGGAUCUGGGCGACGACAAGGUUUUGAAGAAGAAGCUGGAGGAGAAGCUGGCUGAGGAGCGUGCUAAGGCGCUUCUCAACUCCAUGCAGAAGACAAAGAGACCGGCGCCAGACUCGCCGUCAGCCAGCUCCUCCGGCCCAGAGAAGAAGCAGAGGAACUCGAGGAGAAAGAGCUCCGGCAAGAAGAACAAGUCUUGA